AUGGCAGUGAAAAUCACGGGCAGCACUGGAGGCUGGAAUUGCGACUUUCCUCGAAGACAAUAUAUGUCUCCGUUAUUUUCUGCCAUCCUGCUUUUGCUCGGCCUGUGCCUGGCAAACGCCAUCAACUUCACAACCGUCUACGAGUGGGACAAAUACGAUUUCGUCUGGCCAUCAGGAGUGAACACUUCAAAUGAACAGAUUAAAUGGAAUGUUUAUUUUGAAUACAUGGCUGUUUUUGAAGAAAGGUUGUUUCUAAGCCUUGAACCGUUUCGCGGAAUUCCCGCCACUUUGGUGUGGUUCCCAAUUAGCGGCACGUCGACUGCACCUCCGAAGCUAGCUCCUUUCCCAUCCUGGGAAUUACACAAAAAGGACAACUGCGAUUCUAUUCAGGCGGCCAAAGGAAUGGAAACGGACCGUGAUGGUCGGUUGUGGGUGCUUGAUCAAGGUAGCAGAAAUUGUUCAAGCAAAAUUUGGAUUUUCAACCUGCUCAACAACGACACAACCGUGCGCGUCCACCAAUUCCCGGACGCAGUCGUCUCUCCUUCAUUUGAUAAAAGGUCCCUGCGUGAUAUCGUGCUCGACAAAACGCCAGACGAUAAUCUUGCAUAUCUCGUGGACUCUAAGUCUGAGAAUAUCAUCGUUUACAGCCGAAAAACGAACAAAUCCUGGUUGGUUAAAACACCAGGGAGAAAAUGGGUGUCCUUGGCCCUCUCUCCUAUCAGGGAAGAGAGACAACUGUACCUUGGAAAAUCUGGUUACAAAGAACUGUAUUCAGCGUCUGUCACUGAUUGUGAGCUGAAGAAUGAAGGUCGAAGCGCUGCUGUGAAGUUAAUCGGCGAAUGGUCGUACCAACCUUACAGAAUGUUAAUCGACAGCUCCAACGUCUUGUAUGCCGCCUUUUUCAACCAGAAUUAUCUCUGCAAAUGGAAUAUUUCGGAGCCUUUUCGUGAACAACGUAUUCAUGAGGUUGGAGAACAGGAUACUGAUUGGCCAUUUACUUUUGCCUUGGACACGAACGGAAUUUUCUGGAUGACAGAGAGAAAUGAUACUGGGGAUUGGACUAAGCCGAGGCAUAAACUACUCAUGGCUGCAGUCGGUGCAAGAUCGUAUCAAUUCGGCACGUCCACAGACUUGUCAUUGCGUGGCUGACCCUGAGGAUAAGAAGAAAGCAGACCUCUUCCAGGCACAUUCCAUUUCCCGGAGAGCAAACAGUCUUUUACUGAGACCAAUAUAAAAAAUAGUGUGUGUUGCAAUUUAGUUGUGGGAUAAUUAAAAAUAACAGAACUUAGCGCUAUAUGGUUUAUCACCUUUUUCAACAUAAUAAUCUUUUAUUCGUACAAUUAAUUCAUGGCAAAUAAAAAUAUACAUUGCAUAUAU